ACAUUUUAAAAUCCAGUAAAGAAAUUAUUUGAACCCCAAAAAGAGCUGACAUAUACAAUGAUUAUGUAUUACAUUUUUGUCCUUGUUAACCCAAUUGGUCCCUCGAUUUUAAAACCUCACUACACCCAAUUUCGUCAACAGCUUUAUUUCAAAUCUUCAAAACACUCAACUCUCUCUCUCUCUCUAACUCUCUAUCUCUCUAGGAGUCUUGGGAGUGGCUUCAAAUAAAGCUGUCUGUUUUGAAAAGUUUUAAUUCACACUCUUUUGACUAUUUCUACAUUUUCUCUUAGCCACCUCCUGAAUUUCAAAUGCAACGACCUCAUCUUCUUUAAGAUUUUCAUAACAACUUCAUAACAUUCGAGCUUCCAGCAGCUUUAGCUUCUCUCUUAGCUAAAAUCCUCUGCAGAAAAGAACCAAAAUGCCAAGACCAAGAGUUUCAGAGUUGUCUCAGAGACAAGCUCCGAAGUUGAGGACAUUGUCAUCUACUUCUGACUUGAGUCACCCCAAGCGUCUGAUCAAUACUGACCGGAGUUCUACUUCUAAGCUUGGUGUUGACCGUAGAUCUCCUAGAAGCGGUGGGCCUCGCAGUGAUCCUCCUGGUCAGAAGAAACUUGGGGGGCGAAUAUCAGAUCUUGAGUCGCAGUUAGGACAAGCACAAGAGGAACUGAGAUUGCUCAAAGAGCAAUUGGCUAAUGCUGAAGCUGUCAAGAAACAAGCUCAAGAUGAUGUCAAAUCCAAGAAGCCAAACCCUCAGGAUCGAGUGGAGGGAGCUGCUUCUGAGGCUGAUACGAUUGAUAGAGACGAGGUCCCCGGAGAUGGCCAGAAAGAGACUGAUGUGUUUGAGGUUCCUGUUGAGAAGAUUGCGGUAGUAAAAGAAGAAGAGGAUCAGAGCUUGGUUGCAAAGGAAGAUGAGAUCAAGAUGUUGAAAGCUAGACUGUAUGACAUGGAGAAAGAACAUGAAUCACUAGGCAGAGAAAACGAGAACUUGAAGAGUCAGCUGAGCGAUUCGGCGUUAGAGAUGUCUAACGUGAAAGCUAAUGAAGACGAGAUGGCUUCAAAGGUGAGUCGGAUUGGAGAAGAGUUGGAAGAAAGCAGAGCAAAGACAGCUCACCUGAAGGAGAAGCUUGAGACCGUGGAAGAAGCAAAAGAUGCUCUAGAGGCUGAGAUGAAGAAGCUUAGAGUUCAAACCGAGCAGUGGAGGAAGGCGGCGGAUGCUGCAGCUGCGGUUCUGUCUGGAGAGUCUGAGAGGGAUCGAUGUGGGUCAGCAGAUAAGUGUUUUGCAGGAGGGUUGUUUGACCCGAAUGCAGUGGUUGGGUUCAUUGAACCGCCGGGAAUGGCUGAUGAUUCUGAUGACGGAUCGGGAAGUGGUAAGAGGAAGAGUUCUGGGAUGAAGAUGUUUGGUGAGUUGUGGAAGAAGAGAGGACAGAAGUGA